CCGGGUAGGGUAAUGCCCUCAGUAAUGGAGAAGCCCACUGCGGGCUCAGGGAUCUUGUCCCGAAGUCGGGCCAAGACGGCACCCAACGGCGGACAGCCGCACUCGGAGGAUGACAGCAGCGAGGAGGAGCACUCUCAUGACAGCAUGAUCCGAGUUGGAACCAAUUACCAAGCAGUAAUUCCGGAGUGCAAGCCUGAGAGCCCGGCACGCUAUAGCAACAAGGAGCUGAAGGGGAUGCUGGUGUGGUCACCCAAUCACUGUGUAUCAGAUGCCAAACUUGACAAGUACAUUGCAAUGGCCAAGGAGAAGCAUGGCUACAACAUUGAGCAGGCACUCGGCAUGCUUCUGUGGCAUAAACAUGACGUGGAGAAGUCGCUGGCUGACCUGGCCAACUUCACUCCCUUUCCUGAUGAGUGGACGGUGGAGGACAAGGUGCUGUUUGAACAGGCCUUUGGGUUCCAUGGCAAGUGCUUCCAGCGGAUCCAGCAGAUGCUACCUGACAAGCUGAUUCCCAGCCUGGUGAAGUAUUACUACUCUUGGAAGAAGACCCGGAGUCGAACUAGUGUGAUGGACAGGCAGGCCAGGCGGCUGGGUGGCCGCAAGGACAAAGAAGACAGUGAUGAGCUAGAAGAGGGACGCGGAGCCGUGAGUGAGGGAGAACCGGAUCCUGGAGACCCCAAGAGAGAGCCUCUGCCAUCCAGACCUCUGAAUGCACGGCCCGGUCCUGGGAAGAAGGAGGUCCAGGUAUCUCAGUACCGCCACCACCCACUUCGAACUCGGAGACGUCCGCCCAAGGGCAUGUACCUGAGUCCCGAAGGCCUCACCGCAGUGUCCGGAAGUCCAGACCUCGCUAACCUCACGCUCCGAGGUCUUGACUCACAGCUCAUCUCUCUUAAGCGCCAGGUUCAGAGCAUGAAGCAAACCAAUAGCAGCCUCCGCCAAGCCCUGGAGGGUGGCAUCGACCCGCUCCGUCCCCCUGAGGCCAAUACCAAGUUCAACUCCCGCUGGACAACAGAUGAGCAGCUUCUGGCUGUCCAAGCUAUUCGUAGAUAUGGCAAAGACUUUGGGGCAAUUGCAGAGGUGAUUGGGAACAAGACCCUGACCCAAGUGAAGACCUUCUUUGUGAGCUACCGUCGCCGCUUCAACCUGGAAGAGGUGCUACAGGAAUGGGAGGCUGAGCAGGAUGGGGCCCCCGCAGCUCCGGUCCCCAUGGAGGAGGCCAGGCGAGGGCCUCCUGGACCAGCCACAGCCCUGGAAGAAGAUGAUGAGGUCCAGAUUACAUCUGUCUCAACAUCAGUGCCCCGACCAGUGCCCCCUGCACCGCCCCCACCUCCACCACCCACCUCGCUUUCCCAGCCGCCGCCGCUCCUGAGGCCACCUCUGCCCACAGCUCCCACACUGCUCCGCCAGCCACCCCCCCUGCAGCAGGGCCGUUUCCUGCAGCCCCGGCUGGCCCCCAACCAGCCCCCACCACCUCUCAUCCGCCCUGCCCUGGCUGCCUCUCGCCACAGUGCCCGCCCUGGUCCUCAGCCUCCACCUACUCUGGUUGGAGCCCCUUUGGAGCCCCCUGCACCCUCACUUUGAGCCCCGAAUCCUCCAUUGCCCAGAGGCUCCUGAGCCCCUUGGCUGGGUAUCUCUGGCAGCACUAAGGACAGAAGGGACCAGGGAUCUUG